AUGCCGCUUCUCUUCGGUGAGAGAAAAACCCUAGCCGAUUCCUGCCGCCAAUCCGGCGGUGGAGGCGGCGGCGGAGGCGGAGGUCGAGCCCAACACUUCUCCGAUGUCUCCAUUCCACCGCCGGACCUGCCUUCCCCCUUCGGGGAGCUUGCCUCCGCCCUUUCUGAUGCGGAACUCCGCGAGUCCGCCUAUGAGAUCUUUAUCGCCGCUUGCCGAACCACCAGCUCCAAGCCCCUAGUCUACACUCCCGUGGUCGAGCGAGGGGAUCGAUCUCUGACGUCGGCGAUGGCGAGCAAGAUGAAGAAGGCGUUGGGGCUGAAAUCCUCGAAGGGAAGCCCUGCCAAGCCUCCCAAGCGGCCUACGACGAUUGGGGAACUAAUGAGAGUGCGAAUGGGGGUGUCCGAGCAGACGGAUGAGCGGUUGCGGCGGGCUUUGAUCAAAAUCGUCGCCGGAAAGCUAGGGAAGCGUGCAGAAUCUAUGGUUUUGCCUUUGGAGUUACUUCAUCAACUAAAGGCUUCAGAUUUCCCAAGCCAGCAAGAAUAUGAAUUAUGGCAAAUGAGGAAAUUAAAAAUUCUUGAGCUCGGGUUGCUAUUACAUCCUUAUAUUCCCUUAGGAAAAGGAGAUUUUGCUGCACAACAACUCCAGCAGAUCAUACAUGGAGCUUUGGAGCGACCACUUGGAACAGAAAAGAAUUUUGAAUCAAUGCAGAUCCUCAAAAGUUCUGUUACAAAUCUUGCUUGCAGAUCACUUGAUGGAUCGUCUCCUGACACCUACCACUGGGCAGAUGGGAGUCCACUCAAUCUAUAUUUAUAUCAAAGAUUAUUAGCAGCUUGCUAUUAUAGUGAUGUAGGAUCAAUAACUGAGGAGAAUGCUGAAAUAAUGGAAUUGAUAAAAAAGACCUGGGUUAUCCUUGGUGUAAACAAGAUGCUGCACAAUCUCUGUCUUUCGUGGCUUUUCUUUCAUCAUUACAUCACAACUAGACAAGCAGAAACUGAUCUACUGUGUUCUGCUGCUAACCUGUUAACUGAAGUUGGACAGGAUGCUAAAGUAACAAAGCAUACUGCCCAUUUAAAUAUAUUGAGGUCAACCUUGAGUUCGAUAAUGGGUUGGACAGAGAAGAGACUUUUCGGGUAUCAUGAUACAUUCAGUACUGCUAACAUUGAUUCCAUGCAGGGUAUUCUCUCUUUAGGGGUGUUGGUUGCUAAAAUAUUAGCAGAAAUUAUGUCACCCAAGUCUCAUCACAAGAGAACAGAAGAAUUGGAUGUUGCUCAAAGCAAGACUGAAGCCUAUAUUCGCUCAUCACUUCGCACUGCUUUCGCUCAGAAAAUGGAAAAAGUAUACUCGAGUCAGUGUGCCUCAAAAUCCCAGCCAACCCCAGUUCUUUUAAUCCUUGCAGCAGAUGUUGGAGAUUUGGCUCGUAAAGAAAAUGAGAUGUUUAGUCCAAUAUUGAGAAAAUGGCAUCCUCUCGCUGCAGGGGUUGCUGCUGCUACUCUUCAUACUUGCUAUGGAAAUGAGUUAAAGCAGUUUGUAUCCAGUGCCAUGGAACUCACACCUGAGUUAGUUCAAGUACUGAAAGCGGCUGAAAAACUAGAGGAAGAACUUAUGCUAAUGGCAGUUAAGGAUUCUGCUGAUCAUGAUGAUGGAGUGAGAAAAUUAAUCCAUGAGAUGCGUCAUUAUGAUACUGAAACUGCACUUGCCAACAUUGUGCGAUCAUGGAUAAAGAGAAGAGUAGGCCAACUGAAGGAGUGGGCUGACAGGAAUUUACAAGAGAUUUGGAAGUCAAGGGCAAACAAUGAGAAUUUUGCUCCCUCUGCUUUUGAAGUUGUAAGGAUGGUUGAUGAGACUUUAGAUGCAUUUUUUAAGCUACCUAUAGUGACGCAUUCAGCCUUUCUUCCAGAUUUGGUGCAUGGACUCGAUAAGAGUCUGCAGUAUUUUGUUUCGGAAACAAAGUUAGGCUGUGGAACCCAACAUAAUUAUGUUCCAGCAUAUCCAACAUUAACUCGAUGUCAGACUGGUUCAAAAUUCAGGAAGAAGAUAGACCAAGAUCAAAAUGAGACAAUGUGGAAAUCACAAUCUGGAAUUGUGAACAAAAAAACUCCAUUUGGUAUUCUUCAGCUUUGUGUUGGCAUGAAUACCAUUCAUCAAAUCGGCAUGAAAUUGGAGAAUCUUGAGACCAAGAUAAUUAAAUGUCUAAGGAAUGCUGUAUCUUCACAAUCUUGUAUUUCAAGUGGAUCAGACAUCAAGUUUGACCUCUCUCGAGUUGCUUGUCAGGAAGGAAUUAAACAAUUAUGUGAAUCAACAGCAAAUAAGGUGAUUUUUCAUGAUCUGAGUCCUGUUUUAUGGGAUAAUUUGUAUGUUGGAGGGCCUGCUUCUUCCAGGAUAAAACCUUUGCUGAAGGAACUCGAAACUACCCUGGGGAUAAUAUCAGACAAUGUGAACAUCAGGGUGCAUGAUCAUGCCUUAACAGCAUUAAUGAAAACCUCAUUCGAUGCGUUUUUGUUGGUACUUCUUGCUGGUGGCCCAUCUCGAGCAUUCUCUCACGAGGACUAUAAUAUUUUAGAAGAUGAUUUCAAAGAUCUCAAGGACUUAUUUUUGGAUGAGUUGCCUGAAGAAUUGGUUGAAAAAACUUCCACCAAAGUGGAAAAUGUACUAAAUCUUCACCAGUUUGAUACUGCUACCUUAAUUGAACGCUACAAACAGAUGAUAACAGAGGUUCAUGGUUCUGUAGCCAAAUCCACCUCUCCACCUCCAACUACUGGUUAUUGGAGCCCAAACGACGCUAAUACGGUUCUUCGCGUUCUUUGUCAUAGAAAUGAUAAGGCUGCUUCCAAAUUCUUAAAGCAAACAUACAAUCUUCCUAAGAAGCUAUAGCUUGCUAGGGUACAUACAACAUGCGACAGAUCUGGAGCAGAAUUUCUAUUUACUAUGGAAAACCAACAGUCAUGCUCUAUUGAUCAUUGUGAAUAUUUUAGUCAUUCCUCCACAUGAAGCAUCACACUGCAGACAAAAUUCAUAUAGCAGAAUUAGCUUGACACAGGUAUGUGCAUUUAACUCUACCAAAAUGGGGGUUGGAUUUGUGGUAUAGGUGAAAGUCUGACUGAAGGAAUUAGCAUUAGAAUUAGCAUCCUUUAUUUAUUCCACCAACGCACAUUGGUUUUACUUUGCUGCAGCCGCUGAUUUUGCAUGGAUGUUAUUAUU